AAAUAGCAACGAGUCUUGUCCACUUCCUUCUCUCAGCCAGACCUCCAUCCCCCUUAAGACAAUCUCAACCCUAACCCCUUUCCUCGCAUCUCUUCUUCUCAUUUGAUCUAUCACUUUUUCUUCAAUUAAGACACAGUUCCACUGUAUUGCUAAUUAUGAAGGAUCGAAGGCAAGUCCUGUGAUGGAAGCUGGUGAAAACAAGGAAUCUGAGGCAUCAGCCGAUGAUACAGAAUCGUCGGAGCAAGUGGAUGGUGAUGCCAGGGGCAGAAGGUUCUAUGAGUGCAUCUUCUGCAAGAGAGGCUUCUCCACUGCACAAGCCUUGGGCGGCCACAUGAACAUCCACCGGAAGGACCGAGCCAGGAUGCGGUCGACUGUGAUCCCUUCAGCUACUGAAGAGCCCGGUAAAGGCUCUGAGAGAUGUGGAUCUCACUGCUUGAUCCCUAGCCAUCAGUCCACUUAUCCACCGUUCUCUGAGUCGCUGAGGAAUUAUGCCAUGUACUUUCCAGCAUCAGCAUCUUCGAAUCGUGAGGUGAAAGUGUCUAGUGAUGAGGAUGAUCAUUCGAGAAGGCCGCAAGAACUGAGUCUUUUUGGUGAGGAGUUGCAUCUGGAUUUAAGAUUUCAUGGUGGUGAUGAAGCUAUGGAGGAUAGAGAAGAGAGGAAGAUGGACGGGAAGGAAGAAGAACUGGAUUUGGAACUCCGACUCGGUCAUGAGCCAGAAGCCCGAUCAUAGAGAGUAUUUCUAUAUAUUCGAUAUAGUGCAAUUUGUUUUACUAUAAAGUUGGUGUUGUUUCUUCACUUGGAAAUAACAUGAGAACAAGAGAAGUUGAUGACAGUGCGGUGCCAAGGAAAAAAUAUCUUCCAUUAUCACUUUUGACGAAUGAAUAUGAGAGCUGAGGUUAGUGAUGAUAAUGUCUUAGACUGAAUGACCUUAGGAAUUGAAAUGUUAAAUGAUCAGUGGACAUGAAUAUUUUUCACGCAAA